AUGGUGCUUACGGCCUGCGUGCGCGCUUCUUCGUCGCCAUUCUGCGCGUACCAGGAAUCCGGCGAUCUCAUCAAGUCACCCUCCCCGCCCCCCAGCCAUGACGGCUCGGCGAGCGGCGAGGGCGAGCAGAGUGGCGACGAGCGACCCCCUUCAGCUCCCUGUCGCCCCACUGCCCCACCACGCGCGCCCCCUCAUCCUGUCCAUGCUGCCGCGCUGCUGCAGAGCGCCGCCAGCGUGGCUGGUGCAGGCAAUGCGCUCGCCCAGUUGCAACAUUUAUUGCUUACACAACACGGCGCGCAUUCUCUAUUGCUACACACACAGGUGCAACAGGCAGUGGCGCAGGCGGCGGCGCAGCAGUUGCAGCAGCUGCAGGCACGCGCUGCCCCACCUCCCGCUCCACUGACGCGUUCACCGUCACCUGUAUCACGUGGAUCUCCACCUGGAGCCGCAGCCUUCCUUACGCCACACACUCCAGGCCCGGGACGCGCGCGUUCACCACACUCACACUCUCAUUCACACGCGCACGCGCUCUCGCACGCGCACUCUCCGCUGCACGCGCAUGCGCACAAGCCGCGCGCUCUAGAUCCCGCCGACGACACAGCUGAUCUGGAAGAACUCGAGCACUUUGCCAAAACCUUUAAGCAACGUCGCAUCAAACUAGGCUUCACACAAGGCGACGUCGGAUUGGCUAUGGGCAAACUGUACGGCAACGAUUUCUCGCAAACCACUAUCUCACGGUUCGAAGCUCUCAAUCUGAGUUUUAAGAACAUGUGCAAGCUAAAGCCGCUUCUACAGAAAUGGCUGGAGGAUGCCGACUCCUCGUUGCCUGGUAGCGGCGGGGCGGCUUUAGGAGCUGGUUUGGCAGAAGCCGUUGGCCGGCGACGCAAGAAACGCACCUCCAUCGAGUCGGGGGUCCGUGUCGCCCUCGAGAAGGCUUUCCUGCACAACCCCAAGCCUACCAGCGAGGAAAUCGCCGCGCUUGCCGACUCACUCUGUAUGGAGAAGGAGGUGGUGCGUGUCUGGUUCUGCAAUCGUCGCCAGAAGGAAAAGCGGAUAAACCCGCCAGCGGGCGAGUCAGGUCCAGGUGGGGCCUCCUCACCUAACAGCGGAUUGAUGCCAGUGCUGGCCCACGGAUUAUCGCACGCGCACGCACACGGCGUGCUCGGCGGUGGCCCGCAUGGGGUUCACGGUCCGCACGGGGCGCACGGAGCCGCACACGCCGCGUUCCAGGCGGCGGCGUUGCAGCCGCUGGCGCUGCUAUCGCGAGCGCCGCGCGACUGA